GGAAGGAAAGACAAUCGAGUGGAAUCUUUUUAUGUGUUGAUGUUCGAGAUGUUGCAUAUGGACAUAUUCAAGCAUUUGAGAUUCCUUCCGCUAAUGGCAGAUACUGUUUGGUUGAGACAGUAACAUACUAUUCCGAAAUGCAAAAGAUAUUACACAAGCUUUAUCCUACUCUCAACCUUCCAGAAAAAUAUACAGAUGAAAAGCUUGUUGUCCCACCAUACCAGGUAUCCAAGGAAAGGGCAAAAAGUUUGGGCAUUGAUUUCGUUCCUCUUGAGGUGAGCCUUAAGGACACCGUAGAAAGCUUGAAAGAGAAGAAAUUUCUGAGUUUCUAAAUUGUAAUAUUCACAAGCAAUGUAAAUACAUAUGAGUGUUGUACUUUCAUGUUUUUAUCUUGUAAAGU